AUGUGGAGUGCUGCGUCGCUAGGAAUAAUCUUCGAAGGUAGCGCUGUGCUCACGUCAGCAUCGUCUUCGAACUUGAUCGCGUCUGCGGUGCGAGGCGGCGCCCGCGCGAAGGUGUCGCCGCUGCUGCCGACGCCGCCCAUGGGCUGCGGGGGCGGCGCCGACGCCAUGCCAUGCGUCGCCGGCCGCCGCCGCCGUCGUCGCCGCCGCCACCGCCUCUGCCACUGCUGCCAUGCUCGGCCUGCACUACUACUCGAAUGCGGUUUGCGUGCGCCUUCCCACCAUCGAGGAGGAGGACGAAGUGUACCGCAUCGACCAGAUCAAGGAAUUCGAGCACGUGGACCCCGCCGAGAAAGAGGCUCUUGCGGAACUCCUACUCGGAGGUAUGUUUGUCUACACCUAGAAGUUCGCCCACUUUUAGGAUCGGUUACAUACCUAGAAAGUAAUUCCCGAAACGCUAACAAGCAACACCAGAAACAGUUCUAUUCGACAACCUUAACACGGCAAUCCAUUCGCUCCACUAGCAGACAGAGUACGCAGCAACCAUUUUCGGUCUCCUCGGUCACGCCGAGGUUUUUGGACAGCUUUGCCUUUGAUGAACGAAAUGCGACACCCCCCGCAGCUACUUCCUAUUCGCCGAAGUCUCCUCCGCCCCCACCUUGCCUUAAAGGUCCUCCCAGACAUAAGCAACCUACUUCUCAAUGUGGGCAACAGGAAGACGAAAGUCAGAUCUUUGUGAAGUUUUUCAAGUUCCACAAAUGCUAUGAUCUAAUCCCAACAAGUGCCAAGUUGGUUGUCUUUGAUACUCAACUACUGGUGAAGAAAGCCUUCUUUGCUUUGGUUUAUAAUGGUGUGCGAGCUGCUCCCUUGUGGGACAGCCAACAGCAACAAUUUGUGGGAAUGCUUACUAUAACAGAUUUUAUCAAGAUCCUACAAAUGUACUAUACAUCACCUGCUGUUACCAUGGAUGAAUUGGAAGAACAUAAGCUCGAUACCUGGAGAAAUGUUUUGAAGAAUGAAGUGGUACCUCUAGUCAGCAUUGGACCUGAUGCGUCAUUGUAUGAUGCUAUCCGAACUUUAAUUCACAAUAGAAUUCAUCGGCUGCCUGUCAUUGACCCAGAAACGGGAAAUGUGUUGUACAUACUCACUCACAAGCGUAUUCUUAGGUUCCUCUUUCUCUAUAUAAAUGACUUACCAAAACCAAGUUACAUGAACAAAACUUUGAAUGAACUGAGAAUUGGGACUUACGAAAACAUUGAGACGGCAACUGAAAGUACCUCCAUUAUAUUGGCUCUUAAGAAAUUUGUAGAAAGGCGGGUGUCAGCACUCCCUAUUGUUGAUCCAGAAGGACAUCUUGUUGAUAUUUAUGCUAAAUUUGAUGUCAUUAAUUUGGCUGCUGAAAAGACUUAUAAUAAUUUGGAUGUAUCACUUAAGAAAGCUAAUGAACAUCGUAAUGAGUGGUUUGAGGGAGUUCAUAAGUGCAAACUAGAUGAAACACUUCAGACAAUAAUGGAGAGAAUUGUGCGAGCAGAGGUACAUAGAUUGGUAGUAGUGGAUGAUGCAGAUAAAGUUAUUGGCAUUAUAUCCUUAUCUGAUUUGCUGUUGUAUUUGGUUCUUCGACCAUGUGGUGAAGAUGGAAGCCCAGAAGGUACCAGCUCUGUGCGAUUACAACAAGCACAUGAAGGAACAGGCCUUCAUCAUCAGUCAUCUGACACAACAACUUCCACUAUCCCCGAGGAGGAUGCUAGUGAGGGAGAGGGAGAGAGUUCAGCGACUGUAGCGUCAGUCUCUGCCUCUCCUCCACCAUCACCAUCUCGUUCAGAUAGUCUGGAUGCCCCUCCCGCACAGUUGGCAUCUGAUGCUGCCGCCGCCACCACCACCACAGCUGGUUGGCGAGAAGUGACUGUAUCAGGAGGAGAGUGACAGGCAUUGUUCCAGUUUGGAGGUUCGGCUGUCGUGAUACAAGCUGCAUAGAUUGCAAUUGGGAAGGACAAGAAUUUAUGAAACUCGCUGUUUGUGGAACUCAGCCAGAAACGGUGACAAAGGGUUUAUGCUCCUUGUGCGAGUGGACAUAAAGAAAGACAUGAAAGCCCAGCAGUCAUUAAUUGUAAACUUUUUGCCUUUUAAGUGAGUUUCCAAUCAGCAUGGAGAAAUGUUUGUUAUGGUUGUUUUUCUUUUAGUACCACUUUUAAUACUUUUGAGAGUUUAUAGCUGAGAUGACACUUGUGUUAUGUAACAUAAAAUUAUUUGAGAAGUCAUUAUUGGGAGAAGAUAUUGUUUGAAUGUUAAUUAGGUUUGUUUUCACCCUAUACAUUGCUUCCUGACUCUUUUUAUAAACCAUAUCACUAAUGAAUCAGAUUUAAAGUGCAUUCAAUGUAUCUGUUAUCCCAAUUCGUGUUGUCAUUUCACUUUUGUAGGAUAAUAUUGUCAUGGGAAAAAUGCAAACAGCACAGGAAUGUGGCUAAGAGGAUCAAAUGCGUAAUGUAGAAUAACAUUGUAUUUUAGAAAAAAACUGGUAUUAUUCAAACUCACAGCCACCCUUUCACCUCAGAGAAGAAUGUAUGUGCACAUGUAUACAUGUGUUUAUUGAUAAGUAUGUACAUACACAAGGAUUUCCUUCCUGCUUGUGCACAUGUACACAUACAUUAAUAGCAUUGUUUAUUGUAGACAAUAGUGUGUUAAAUUUUUCAGAAUUUGAAUUAAUUUCUAGUAGAAGUAUAUUUUUGUGGAUUAUAUAUAUAUUUUAACUGAAUUAUUCACUUCAUGUGCUGUGGUCUUUCAUAGUAUUUGUUAAACAUUAUUACGUUAUCAUGACUUUUUUAUAUUUCCAAUGACAAAUAAAAUAUUAUGUACAUGUAUUUUACAUGCCUGUUUUUCUGGAAAGUAAGAACUGAGCGAAAGAAAUAUGCCAAAGGUUAAACUACAAUACUUCAUUUUGUAUCAUAAAAUAAUACAAUGUAAUUACAGAAGUCUCACUACUUAAACAAUGCUAACAUACCUGAUUUACAUUCAUCAAGAAUUCAUUCUCAUUUGUAAAGUGCUUCAGAAAUGAGCUAGCUAAUGAAACAUUGUAACUUUCAACAAUCCAUUAAAUGAUUGUGGUGAUGAUAAUGAUGACAUUGAUUUUUAACAAUUUGACCACUCUGAUUCACUGUGUACAGGCAGCUUGCCAAAGGCCACUCCAAUAGAUCAUAGGUGUACAUUAUUUUCACUGAACCAGAUAAAGUACAGUCUGAGUAGCCUGAACCUAGUGCUUUCUUUCUUAAAAUGCCAGCAUUGUUCUGUUGUCACUAUAUUGUCUAUGUUUUAUAUUGAUGCAGAAGACUGACAUUCUCAGGGUAGAUAUUUACCUGAUUGCAGAAGUAUAACUCUAAUAUAACCAAUUAAUUCUUACAAGAGAACUGUUUUAAGUAGUUAUUCCAUGGGAAUGUUCUUAAUACUCUGCUACUCAUUAAUAAAUGCCUUUUCUAAUAUGUUGUUGGCAUUGAAACUAUGCAGUUCAUUGGAUAGAAGAGCAUAGUGUUAUGUUGUACAUUAAUUACUGUUACAAAAAGUGUGAAAGAAACUUUUGCACUAUCCUCUGAAUUCUUGGCUCUUAAUUUAUUGUUGCUCAAAUGAGAGACAAAAAGAAGGAAGUGGUGCAAAAUAUUUCAACAUUCCCGUAGAUUCCUACAUAUGCAGCAGUGAUAGAGAAAGGUUACAAAUAUUAUUCAGAGAAUUAAGAAAAAAAUUAUGUAGAAUGUACUAUUGUAUGCUACAAAUUAAAUCGUAAAGAAUAUUUUAAUUGUAUUUGGAUACCAUGAUCUUAAGCAUACAAAAAAAAUACAGGAAAGAGUUAGUAUUAAUGUUUUCCCUAUGGGUAGAAAGUGUUUCAUGGGAGGUAGAUGUGGCAUUUAUUGCUGUGUAUUGAAAUCAACGACAGAAUCCUAAAUGGAAGCCUUUGUACAGUGACACAGAUAUUUGUGUAUUUAUAUGGCAGGUGGUUUGUUUUGGGUUGAUUAUUGGCAUUAAAGCUAAUAUAUUGAAUUUUCUUAAACAGUUUCUUGUAGUUCAGAUUACAAAGACUGUACUAAAUGUGAGUAGCCAGGACAUACCACAAAAUAGACCUUUAAUGUUAAUGUUUCUUCUAUUCUUAAUUUCAUCUGCUCAUAAAUAUUUUAGGUUCCAGGUUUUGUGGUCCUAACGGUUCAUAAAAAAACAUUUAUUAUAUUGAUGUACACAUAUGAAAAGCAGAUGGGUGGAGUAGAUUAUAUUUCUUCUUUUAAUUCUUUUGACUUUAGUAUUUAAAGUAGUUUGAAAAUGGAAUACAAACUGUACCAAGUUAACUUGCAUAAUUUAGUGUGGAGUCAAAUAGUGGUUUGCUUUGCCACAUAUUACAUUUAAACACAUAUGCCCAGGAAAUUGUAUUUGUAACUUGAAAUAAUGCAAUGUACAGCAAGUAUUGAUUGACUUCGUGGAGUAAAGAGAAAUAAUUUAACAUUUUAAAACUGUGUCAUAUAGUUAAUUUGACAAGCACUGUUUUAUCUUGGGUAUUUUUCAUAAACAAUGUUGUGUUUUAAAACAAACUGCAAAUUGAUUUUAGAUUUGUAUUAUACUUAUUUUCUGCCCCAUGUCAUUUUGUUCUAAUAUAUUUUUAGCAAUGAACUUAUGCCUUCAAAGCAGAAUGCCUGCAAUUAAACUGUAUGAUUUUGAUAACUGUGUAUGUCUUUUUUAAUUUCCAUCAAACCUAAUUUAUAAGUUGAGCUUUAUUUAUUCCAUUUGAAAAGGGUAGUGUAAAUCUCGGAAAAUGCAAAAGAACAGUAUUUUCCAAACUUAUAUCUUUCCCCCUUCACUUCAGUUUAAUUUUCCUUCAAUUUCUGUAUUAUGAAAUUAGGAUUUAAGACAUUUAAGUGUGUAAUCUGAAAAGUCAGUUGCUAUACUCGUGAGUUUAAAACCUAAUUAUUCAUUUUGAUGUCUAAAUACAAAUGAGGAAUUCUCAAUUCACAUCGCUUAUCUAUUAGUUCAUUUUGCAUUUGCAUUUUGUGUUUUGGAAACAGUUAAACAAAGUUUGCAUAUUUCUGUGGUAUUAAAUUUCACUCAGUAAUUGAGAUUAUAAAUGAUGUUUUGGAAUCUUCUCACCAUUUUAUAACUCUCCUCUGUGACUUGUAUUUCCACUCUACUACAUUUUUUUUUUCAUUUUGGUUCUUAUUGUUUUGGGAAUGGAUUGCCUCUAAUAGAAAGAAAAAUAUUGUUAAUACUGUUUCUGCUGUAGUAUAUACCUUUCGAUUUGGUAAAAAUAUAUUUUUUGUCUAAAGAACAGCUGCAGAAUCUCGAUUUUAUGUAUAGCAUUUUUUUCAAUCGACCAUAUUCCCAGUAGGUUUUUACUUGUUUUUGCCUGGGAAUUUCAUUUUUAAAUAUUGUUUUGUUUUAAAAUGAUUUUACAGCUGUAGUAAGGAUGUCCAAAAAGGAAUUUAUUACUCCAUUUGGUAAAAUUUCUUAUUCGUAAUUGGGAACACCAGGAUGGAAUGGGAAAUAGGGUCUCGAAUUAUCAGAAUCCUAAGGAUCCCUAAUUUUCCACAAAUCUGGUUUGUUGUAGAGUUAUGAAACAAAAGUCUAAAAAUAUUCUUCCACACAAUUAUUCCAAAUUACAUUUGUUCACUAGUAAGUUAAAAACUUUCAUGAAGAGAACAUUGAUGAAAAUUGAAAAUACAAAUCAAAUAGUUACGUGAUUUUGUAAUAUGAAUGACUGUGUACAAUACAAAGAAUUCAAAUCAUUGGUCAAAGACUCUGUAAAUGAUUCAACAUUGAUAUCAUUCUUCUUUUAUGUAUGACUCACACUUUUAUUGUAGUGUACAAUA